UUUUCUAAAAGUGGAAUGGAAUAACCAUGAAUGGUGAUGCUCCAAAUCAAGAUUCCUCCUCUCAGCUCCCUGACUGGAAGGAGUUUUGUGAGCUUCACGCACAAGCUGCCGCUGUUGACUUUGCACAGAAAUUCUGCCAGUUUUUAAGGGAGAAUCCUCAUUAUAAUACCUCUGGGGCAGAAACCUCAUUUUCUCACCAUUUUGCUGCCAAUUUUUUAGACUUUUUCAGUUUUGAGGUCAGCAGGGUAUAUGUGUCUGACUCACCAACAAAGUAUAACAUUGUGCCCUUUGUAGGUCUUCAGAAUUGUCAGGUGCCUUUAGCCAGAGAUUUUGUGCCCAGGAAAGAAGAAACAUCAUCAGAAUCUUUGGACAGCAUGGAUAAUCCACUCGCAAGCAGAUACUUAAACCGGACACAGGGCCGUGUCCUCAAGGUCUCUUCUUAUGGCCAAUCACGCAGUUCUGAAGAUGUUUCAGUCCAUGGGAGCUCUAAGCCAAAAUUCAAGAAAGGGUUCUCUUUGAGAAAUAUGAGCUUGUGUGUAGUAGAUGGGAUGAAAGAAAUGUGGCACAGAAAGUCUUCUCCGGAACCAAGUUUGGAUAAUGGACAGAUAAGAAAGUCAGAGCGUGAACAUUGCACUGUAGGGAACAAAGAACAUGCUGAGCCACGUGAAAAAUGGACUCACAAAUUGCGACUGUCAAAAAUGCAGGCAUCCAAAAUAGAUGUUGUUGACAUUCAGAGAGAGGGAACUCUCAGGUAUAUGGUAGCAGAUGAUACAAACUGUGUUGGAAGCACUCAGUGGCAAAAAUGUCGUUUACUUUUACGGAAAGCAGUAAAAAUGGAGGGAGAACGAUUUCUGCUUGAAUUUUUUGUGCCUCCAAAGGUAAUAUCACUUUUUCUUUUAUACUUUUAAAUUAUAUACCUAUAGUUGUAUCAUCAUUUGGGUUACAAAGAAUGUUAAAAUCCUUCAAAUAUGUUAUAUCUCAUCCUGGAAUGCAUUUAAAACACUUCUAAUAAGUUCUAGGCCAAGUUCUGCAUACAGCACAAUCUGCCUUCAGUGACGUCAAGCACUAUUGUUGCAGAGGUGUGACUGAUGUGCUGCACAAAUAGAUUCCAAGCACUUUGACCACUUAAAACUACUGAAGUGGCCAUAGUGCUUGGGGUAACCCUUUAACGUAAACAUAAAUAAAUGUAAAAGCACAAAUAUAUUGGUGAUAGAAUCAGUUAAAGUGGCAUUGUCACCGUAUCUGGACACAGCCGCUAAAUGGGGUCAACUAAAGGUAAAAUUUACUUACCAGAUCCUGUCCCUUGUAGGCCUGGCCAUCUUCCUCCAAUGGGUCCCCUUUUGCUUCUCAGGAGCUGACAUCAUGCUGGACUUUCACACAUGAAGUCUAUGGAGGAUCCGACAAGACCGUGGGUUCCUCCAUAGAGAGAGCCAAUUCCCUGCUGGUGACGGCUGGGGGGGAUUGACAAUACCAGACGGCGAUAGCUUCGCCCAGUGUCUAGAAAUGUCUGGAGUGGGGAAUAUACUGACACAGAGUAGUAGUAUAUAGUAGUAUAUCUUUUGACUGGGUUGGAUUUUCAGUGAAAUUUCAACACCAUCAAAAAGAGUACUUUCGUAAAGGUUCUAUCUUUCUGAAAUACUAAUUUUUCAAGGUGGGGUGACCGUGCCGCUUUAAGGUAAAGAUUUAGAGAAUUGGUGAUGGUAGUUAGACUGACAUUUUAAAAGGUAUGCACUGUAUUUUUUGGCUUAAUAAAGUGGUGUUGGUGCAUAGAUUAUAAUGCCCUUGCAAUGUAACUGCUCAAUUCUCUGCUGUCAAUCACACACUCUUCCUACACAUUUCCUGAAAAGAUAUGUCCUUUUCUCCUAUCUUAUGUUCAGUAUCUGUACACAGAAUGUUUACUUUAAAAGUUGUAGGGAAGGUUGGUGCACUCUGUGAUCACAGCUCUGUUAAUUGCAACUAAAUGGGUAGUAAGCAUUGCCCUUGCCAGCAGCCUCCUGAGUGAGAUAAGAUAAGAAAGAAGAGAGCAUGAGGAUUUAAAGUUUUAUUGUAAGUAUUUUAUAAUGCUCCCUGCUUCCACAGUGGUUCUCUGUUAGAAGCAUUUCAUUAGGCACUGCCCAGCACAAAUAAAGACGUUUAUGCUGGGUAAAAACAGAUGAAUCAGCAAGGUUGCAGAUGCAGAUUUUGCAGGUAAGAAAGUGUAGGAUUUUAGCUAGGAAGACAAUUUUUGAAAACUAAAAAAUGUGUAUUAUUUUAACUGUGCAGCCCAAAUGCAUUAAAAAUAUGCAUUUAUGGAAGGUUUACAAGUCAGAGAGGGAUAUGAUUGCCAUCUUGGAGACACUUUGUUUCUCACUUUACAACAAAACUAUUCACUGAUUCUUUUUGAAGGUUUUGUCUUUUUUUUUAUUUUUCAGCUGCUGUUGAUUGCUGAAAUGUUCUCAAGUUUCAUUAUUAGGGGGAAAAAUAGGGAAAUUGAAUGUGCUGACUUUUUAUUGCAUUACUGUUUGCGUAUGCAUAUUCAUAAUAUUUCCAUGGAUAAUUCCGUAAUGUUAUUUGAUGUGUUAAUGCCCUAAGAGAAUGUACCAAAUAUCAUCUGUUAAACCAUCACAUGUCAUGUUCCGUUUGGUGUUUUUAUAUAAAUUUGCUCUUUGAGUUUUACCAAAGAUUAGGGGAUAUAUCUGAAAACUCUAUAGAGAGUCAAUAACAAAUAAACAAACAAACAUACAAAUAAAUAUAUUCUACUCUGGAUAGACUAUGAAAGUUAACUUUACAUUCUCACUACUCAUUAUUGAAAAAAAAAAAUCUAAACAAUAAAAUAACGACCUGUGUUGAAACCAGUAAAUUGUGGUGAAUUGAGAACCAAUAUUUUUCAUUAAAUGUUUUUUUUUUACAGCUUUAUAAUUUUAGAUCAACUUAUAAACAUGGCUAUCAACAUUUUUUUUUUAUGUAUAACAGGGUGACAAUGAAUUACACAAUGAGCUAGCCAGCGAUCAUUUAAAUGAACUAUAUUACACUAAAGAUUCUAAAAGUUGA